UCAAACGUCAACUAGUCAACGCAAAACAUUGAUAAGUACCCGAAAAAUCAGAUAAAUAGUUUGUCUGUUGUUUGAUUUUAAUAAAACAACUCAGACUAGUUACAACUUUAGCUUUGAAGACAUUGUUCAUUUCAUUAUUGUAUUGUAUGGAAAGUCCCCAGUGAGCUGCUAAAAGCAAUAGCAAUGGCCGACGAUAUUGUGUUUGAAUUAUUGCAUUCCGAAAUAAUAAAUUACGCUUUAGAUCAAUCAAAGGAUAAUACCAAUGAUAAAAAGGAGGUGGACCUGUCUGUCGUUGAGUAUAUUGGAUUUGCUGCAGGAUAUAAAAUAAUGGAAAGACUAACCAGAGAGUGGCCCAGAUUCAAGGAUGAACUGGAUACAAUGAAGUUCAUUUGCACAGAUUUUUGGACAUGUAUUUAUAAAAAACAAAUUGAUAAUUUAAGAACUAAUCAUCAAGGAGUUUAUGUACUACAAGAUAAUGCAUUCAGGUUCCUUACUAACUUUUCUAAUGGACAUCAGUAUCUAGAGUUUGCGCCGAGAUAUGUUGCAUACACCUGUGGAUUGAUCCGAGGAGGUUUGGCUAAUUUGUGCAUAAACAGUGUGGUCACAGCAGAAGUCCAGUCCAUGCCAUCUUGUAAAUUUCAUAUACAUGUCCAAAGAACUUAAAUAUAUUGUUAAAAAUGUUGGAUAUAUUUAUAUUACUAUGAAAUAAAAAAUAUUUAAUCGU